AUGAACCGUCUCAACCGAUGGCAGCUGUUGGAUCAAUUUCACCAAUCUUUGUGGAAACGUUGGUCUUCAGAAUACUUGCGAUUAUUGCAAGUCCGAUCGAAAUGGUACCACGCGCAACCUAAUGUCACACUUGGUGACCUUGUGCUAGUGCAGGCACCAAAUUUACCACCCACACUCUGGAAAAUGGGACGGGUUGAAGCAGUUCAUCCCGGCGAAGAUGGAGUUGUGAGGGUAGUAACUCUCCGUACCAGUGAUGGCACCCUCAAGCGGCCCGUGGUCAAGUUAGCUCGUCUUCCAAUCAAUUAA